AAUAUUUGCAUUAAUUAAUGGCAUUUUCUGGUAUUUUGAAUGUUUCCUCAUUCUCUACUUCUGUCUUUAUAUAUAAGAUUCAAUUUGCUCCAUAUAUUUUUUGUUUUCAUGCCUUUAUUAGGGUCAUGUUAGGGAGACCGGAUAGAGAUGGAGACCACCAAUACAAUGGAUAUCACCUUUAUUAGAAAUGUGGUUUAAAAAGUGGUAAAUGUGGUAUUCCUAGCAUUUUCCUCUUAUAAAAGCAUAAGAAGUGUGCUCCACAUAUUGUGGUUGCGAAUUACCUACACUAGGCAAUAUAUGAAAUGGGUUAUAACAAAUUUGAUCCCAAAUAGGUUAUAACAAAUGAAACUAAGACAACAAAUAUCUUAAUUAAUAAUUCACAAUUUUACUCCUUAUAAUUUGAUUUAAUUGUUUGUAUUACUAAUGUAUCUUGUCCAGGUAGCAAUCUUCAUCUUCUUUUCAAAAAUGAGGGACUUGAGAUCUUUGAGCACAAAAAGGAUGGCUAUCAUGAACUUUUUUGUUUUGUUGCAAUAUGUGCCGCGAGUUCUUUGUAUCUACUUAUCAUGUAAGGAACUUAAAAGGACUCCUAAAGGAGGGACCGGAGAGACUGCCAUAUGGGUUAAAGGUGUCCUGAAUUUCUUUAUGUACAUCCUCGCUAGUCAUGUACUUGGAGCCAUAUGGUAUUUUUUCGCUAUUCAACGAAUGGCCAUUUGUUGGCAUGAUGCAUGUCGAAAAGAAAAUGGAUGUGACACUAGUACUUUUGGUUGUCAUGAGCAUCAGACAUUUAGAAAUAUAAGAUUUCUAAAUGAUUUAUGCCCUAUAAGUCCAGUGAAUACAACGCUUUUUGAUUUUGGUAUAUAUAGUACAAUCCUUCAAUCUGGUAUACCGGGUUCAACAAAUUAUUUUGAAAAGUUCUCCAAUUGUUUUUGGUGGGGCCUGCGAAAUUUGAGUUCUCUUGGUUCAAACCUGGAGCCUAGUAUCGAUGGAUGGGAAAACCUGUUUGCGGCUUUUAUAUCUAUAAUUGGCUUGCUUUUAUUCUUAUAUCUCAUUGGAAAUUUGCAGACAUACAUGCAGUUGAAUACUGCACGAAGAGAAGACCAUAGACACAAGAUGAAAGUGGAACGAAAGAUGGAAAAGAAAGAUCCAGAGACAGAGUUGUGGUUAUCUAAAAAUGGCGUCCCCAAAAGGUUGAUUAAUGAUAUCAAGUCGCAGAUGAUGGUGAAGGUGCGACAAGAAGUUGAAGUAGACAGGGAUGCUGAUUUGGACUAUAUCUUCUCUAUUCUUCCCCGGACUCUUCAAAUCCGUAUUAAAAAGUAUAUGCCUAUAACUACGUUGAAGCGGGAGCCAAUGUUUCAAAACAUGGAUGAAAAUGUGUUGAAAGAAAUCUGUCGGCGUCUUAAGCCUAAGAAGUUUACUGAAGGUGAUAUCAUUAUUGAAGAGGGUAAACGACUUAAAAAGAUGGUCUACAUUGUGGACGGACUUGUAAGCAUUAGAGGCGAAGAUAGCUCCAGUGAUUUUGAGCGAGGUGCAGGAGAAGUAUGUGGAGAAAAGCUUGUACGGAGGCUACCGUCGACCUCAUUUCCCCGCAGAGUACCGGAAACCGAGUCUGUUAUCGCAAAAGGUGAUGUUGAAGCCCUUGUUCUCACGGCUAGUGACGUGCAGGAUAUGGUCUUUGAAUUCGGAAGGCAAUACUUUUUGGGGACAAAAAUAUUUAGUGCAAAACAACUUGAGGAGGCAACAAACAAUUACCUUAAUAUCAUUGGUCAAGGAAUCUCUGCAACCGUUUACGAAGGAAAUCUACCAGAUGGCACAAGGGUUGCGGUAAAGAAGUCCAAAACUACUAGACCUAUCAGUUAUAGUCUACGUGUAAUUAAAGAGGUUGGGGUUGCUUCUCAGAUCGACCACAUAAAUGUGGUGAGGUUCUUAGGCUGUUGUUUGGAACCACAGACACAAGCACUGGUGUUUAAGUACAUUCCCAAUGGCACCCUCUAUGACCACAUUCAUAAAGAAGAAGAGGGCAGAGGAUCAUCACAGACACAAGCACUUUCAUUGGAGUCACGGAUAAAGAUAGCGUCAGAGACCGCAGAAGCACUGGCUUACUUGCACUCAUUCAUUCCCAAUAAGCCAAUCAUACACGGACAUGUGAACACAAAAUAUAUACUAUUGGAUUAUGAUUUGACGGCAAAGUUGUUUGGCUUUGGAGUUUCACGAUUGUUCAUUGAUGAUGAUGAUGACGAUGAUGAUGAUGAUGAUGAAGCUGUGGCAGCUUAUGUGCGAGAGAAAUUACGGUACUUGGACCCUGAGUAUAAUCAACCGCAGGCGCUAAGAGAAAAGAGUGACGUCUAUAACUUUGGAGUUGUCUUAGCGGAGCUACUAACCAGUCGAGUGUUCGAAAAUGAUAACGAAAGGGAAUAUUGCGGCACUCAACUCGACGCCAAUGUGGGUCUAAAAGAAUGGAACACUGCUUCGCUCUGCUGGAUGUAUCGUCGGAACCCUUACAACAUGCGAGCUUUUUCUUCUGAGGUCAUGGGAAAGAGAAACCUGGCUUGGUUUCUAUCCUCAAUGGAAAAUGGUCACUUGGAUCAAAUUCUGGAUGGUGAAAUAAUAGUCAAUGAAGCAACUUCUGAGACGGCCAAAAAGGUAGCGGAUCUGGCAAAAAGAUGUUUAAGGUCAAAAAGGGAGGAAAGGCCUUCCAUGGAGCAAGUAGUCGUGGAGCUUGAGGGAUUGCGCAAGUUUAUGGCAGAGUAUCAAAGGGGAGAAGACGUAGAACCCAGUUCCUCUUGAUCUCACAAACAACAACAAUAAUAAUUGACUCUAAUUAGUGUUGUUUGCAGAUGCUUCUCUACUCUUGAUGCUCUAUCCUUCCUUUCUCUGUUACAACUUACAAGUCAAGAUCCUCUGUUUAUAUUCAUGCUUGCUUAUGCUCAAA